AUGAUCGUUGAGCUUUCGCGACGACACACAAAUGUGAACAAUGUUGCCGGAGAUAAUGGUGGUGGAGGAAGACCAGAGGUAGAUAAGAAAGAGAAAGAGAAAAGCAGCAGGGAUUCGAUAGAGAAACUUGAACAGAACAAUGACACAGUUGCAGACUUCUUUUGGGGCUGGUUUUUUGGUGAGUUUGGAUUUUCUUUUGGACAUGGAAAUACUGGCCAUUGUGGGAAAAGUGCUUGCUGUUUGUGCAGUGGUCUGCCUCUGAUUUUAAGUUCAAGCAAGGGGAAGGUUUCAUCAUGUCCUAAUUUGAACAUGGAAGCACGUAUGACAAAGGAAGCAUCUGAUUCGGGUGCACGUUUGAAGAUGAUUCUAUACCUUAAUACUAUUAAUAUUCUUAGGCUGUGUUUCAACCAUAUUAUAUGA